GCGCCGCCUCCGUCAGGCUGAAGACGGAUGGAGGGGUCCGGGCUGCUUCUGCUGGGGCUCCGCACGGCUCCGGGCAGCGGGGACGGCUGCGGGACGGCGGCGUGAAGCGGCCCCGGGUGCCCCCGCCCCGAGCGGCACCGCGGGGCUGCCCGCCGGGACGCACCAUGCGGGAGCUGGCGAUCGAGAUCGGCAUCCGUGCCCUGCUCUUCGGGGUCUUCGUUUUUACAGAAUUUUUGGAUCCAUUCCAGCGGGUUAUCCAGCCAGAAGAGAUCUGGCUGUAUAAAAAUCCCUUGGUGCAAUCAGACAACAUACCUACGCGUCUCAUGUUUGCAAUUUCCUUCCUUACGCCACUAGCAGUCAUUUUUGUGGUCAAAAUAAUCCGGCGAACAGACAAGACUGAAAUCAAAGAGGCUUUCUUAGCUGUUUCCUUGGCUCUAGCUCUGAAUGGUGUCUGCACAAAUACUAUCAAAUUAAUAGUGGGAAGACCGCGUCCCGAUUUCUUUUACCGCUGCUUUCCAGAUGGAGUAAUGAACUCUGAAAUGCACUGCACAGGUGAUCCAGAUCUGGUGUCUGAAGGCAGAAAAAGCUUUCCGAGUAUCCACUCUUCCUUUGCAUUUUCAGGCCUUGGGUUUACCACCUUCUACUUAGCUGGAAAGUUACAUUGCUUCACGGAAAAUGGCCGGGGGAAGAGCUGGCGGCUUUGUGCAGCAAUUCUCCCACUCUACUGUGCCAUGAUGAUUGCCCUCUCACGUAUGUGUGAUUACAAACAUCACUGGCAAGAUGCUUUUGUUGGAGGGAUCAUUGGCCUCAUUUUUGCUUAUAUUUGCUACAGACAACACUACCCUCCUUUGGGUAAUACAGCGUGUCAUAAAUCUUAUGUCAGCCUGCUAGAUCAGAACUCUGUGAAGAAAGAAGAGAGACCUACAGCAGAUAAUGCUACUGGCCUGCCUCUAGAGGGAAUAACUGAAGGUAUCCUGUGAAAAUGCAGGCAAAUGUUCCAGACCACAUCUUGGCAGCUGAACCUUUCUUAUCUGGAGCUGCUGGUUAAAGCGAUCAAGAUAGCACUGAUCAACGACCAUUAUUACGGUGCUUUAGACUGGAGGAUACUGCUGCCAUAAUUAUAAGUUCUGUGUUACUGUUGGAAUAUGUAUUGGCCUUGUAGGCAUUUUGUGAUUCAAACAGCUCAAUGUCUUCAUGUAAAGCUUGUCACUUACUUUUCUCAAAGGUAAGCUUUGUAGAUUUUUCUCAGAAGAGCUACUUCUUCAUUGGCAACACAAUUUUUAUAGAAAGAAAGUAAAUUAGAAACCCUUUAAAAAUAAAUGUAGUAAUUGUGUACCAGAGGAUGCAACAUUACUAUGUAUAAACUGAUAUGAUAUUUGGAAUUAGCUAUAAAUAAGAAAUUACUUUAAGGAACAGAAUGUAACAGGCAUGAACCCAGGAGGGUUCUGCAGAAAUUAGGCCUGAUUUACUUGUAAAACUGAUAUGAGUUUGAGUGCAUCAGUUAGAGACAGGGUUUUUUUCUGACAGUUACAGUAUUCUGAGCUCUAGAAUAGAGACAGUCAUCCAAAUGUAACUGGGGUUGCUGAUGUAUAUACGCUAGUUCACAAAACUAGCAUCAGCAAAGCAAAACUAUUCUAGCAUUACAUUUGCACUGGAUUUGACAAAGCACUCCUCUAGUAUAAUCAAAAGGUCUUAUUCUAGAAAUCCACAUGAUUUAGUGGAGGUUUAAUCUUUCUAUAAAGUUUUUAAACCAUCCUACAGAAUUCUGUAACAGGGUUAUCAUUUUGUAUUAUUUCAUAGGGGAGGAUUAACAAAAGCCCUACAGUAAGGGUAUCAUGUCUUUACAUUAUACAGGGCUUAGCCAUUAGCUUUUUCUUUCAGCAGAAACUCUAGUCUUCCAGGUUAUAUGCAAAUGUUAAAAGAAAAUAAAUCUUAAAAUUAGAAGUUUAAUACUGAUGCAUAGAGCAUUUUGCAUGUUUUUAUAUAGAUUUGGCUUAUUCUCAAAAAUGAGUAGGGCCUAUUAAGUGUGCUGUACACAUUCCUAGUGUUUUAAUGGCUUUUGAUACAAACCAGCUAUCUAUGGGAUGAGGAAAUCUUAUACAGCCCUCAAAAGAGUAGUGGCUGUUUAAAGAUUGGAAUAUGAAGCGUAAUGCAGCGUAAAUACUUACAUUGCAAGAGUAAUUGGUGGACUUUGCCAAGCAGUAAAGAAUAACAUAUUUUAAUGGGAAUAAUUAAAUUGAAAGUCAUCAAAUAGACAAUGUAAAAGCUUUGAUUAGAAUGUAAUUAGAAUUAUGAAAGACUUAAUGAAAUGAAACUUGUGGAGGGAUCUGUGGGCACUGUAAUUACCAGUGCAGAGUCAGCAUAAGGAAGGCAUUUUUGUGGAUCAGUGUAUUUUAAUCUCAUGCUUUCUCAGUGUGAAGGAAAUGUAACAUUGUAACACACCAAUAAAACAACACAUGAAUGGGGGUUUAUA